CAACCAUAGAGAUGGCAUCGCUGUAAUCUAUUUCUAUGAUAUCAGUAGGAAACAAGACUGUUAAUAACAUGAUAUAACAUAGUUAAACACAUGACAGGAGAUAUUUCUUGUCAGCAUCUGUUUUCCAAUUUCUGAAUUUAUUUUUGUACGUUCACAUAAGUCACACAGAUGCAAGACCACUUGCAGGGAAGUUUUUCUUGUUAAUUAUAAAUACUUCAUUAUAAAGAAUGAUAAUGGAUCCAUUCAAAGAUACUAAUCUGUUUCAGUUACAUGUAACUGCACACAAAACAAAAACUCUUGUAACAAAAUACCCACUUGUGGCUUUCCUGUAAACACUAAAUAACACUACUCUAUCGUUAUUCUUAUUAUUAUUGUUAUUAUUAAUCAUGGCCUUUAAAUAGACCUUGUCACUGUCCCAGAUAAUCAUAUCAUGGUCACAUACCUCUUAAUGUAUGAUAAAGGUUUGAAUGAAUGAAUAUUACACCUGAUAUAUAUGCUUGGUGGGUGGAUGGUUGUGACUUUUAAAACGGGAAGAGAUUACAGGAUUGACUUCUGGACCAUUUGACCUAUGAGUCAAACAAGGACUUUGUGCUUAAAAUGAAAGCCAAAUCCCACCAGGAAUCCCAUGUCAAUUGGAUUAUCCCAAUUGACAUCGUGUUUUAAAGUAUCCGUAGACUUGGAAAUGCUUCUACUUUUUGAGUGUGAUAAACGCCGUAGUUAAAGCUGAAAGUCUACCUGUGUGAUGUCACUAGCGGUAUUCAACAAAGUGGAAUCACGGAAUGGUAUUCAGUCAGCAGCUCUAUAAACUUUGACACCCGGAGUGGCCACAGGCAGCAUAUCACUGUCCUGAUCUAUGCUAACCUGGAGCGUAUCCAUUGGAGCGGGACGUCAGGAUGACAACAAGCAUCGCAAGAUUCAGCUGGAUAUUUAUCUCGAAUUAUCUCGUUUGUUUUAGACAACAAUUAUUUCUGUGUUAAUAGGCACAAGCAAAGCUAUUUAGUUAUUAUUCUAAAUAUAGUUUCAUUCUUUUGUAUGCGGUAUUUGCGCAUAUUUCAAUUAGCCAGACCUGAAGGCUAUAGUAUCCUACCAUUUGCCCAGACUUUUGGAAGAUUUUAAGGAAUGGCUCAGGGAACGACCCGCGCGCAAAAUCCGCAUGUUCAAAACUGCUGGGUUUUGGGUAUUGAACGGUUGAUUGCAGACCAAUACUCUGGCGAAGAGGAGUUUUUUGAAAUCAGAGCAGAGUGGGCUGACAAUACUGUACUGGUAUUGCGUCGAAGUUGGUUCGACUUGACAAGGAUUCUGAAGAAGCUGAGAGACUCCUUCCCAGAGGAAAUUGAACCUUCUGCGGAAUCACUUUUACUUGAGGGUCUUCACAGGAUAAAAGAAGCGGAGGACAAUGACACCCAAGCGAAAUUGGAACGCGUAGAGAAAUUCCUGAAAACCCUAGUCACUAUGCCAGUCAAGUACUCCCAAUCAGAAGCAGUCCUAGGCUUUUUUGAGGCGUCCCAUUUGGACUUGAUGAUAGGAAAUAACCUGGAUCCCACACAGCUGCUUCUCUAUACUCCUAUCACAAUUUCAGAAAUCAGGAGCUCCAAUGGGUUUUGUUUGGCCAAUACAGAAACCAUAAUAUGUGAUGCUUGUUUGCCAGAUGAAAGAUCACUUUCUAUAGGCUCUACAUGCCAUGAGUACGGAAAAAGAUCCAAAGCUCAGGAAAAGACAGACUCUCAUCAAUUCACUGGAGAUCACAAAGAAGCACCAAACCCUCACAACGGCAUAGGUCAUGUUAAGAAGACCGAAACAAAUCCUGUUACGAAGCCACCUCGCAAAGGAAUUUCCCCUGAAGUGUAUAUCAACAAAAUUACAUACAUCCACAUGGACGCCCAUGAAACAGACAUACUGGAGUAAUGGACGCUUUUAAGUAGAAAGAACUACUUGUUCUGUAUGCAGUUACACUCACAUGCCAUUGACCUCCGGGUAGAAUAGUUUUCUACUUCAUUUUCACUGUCUUGUAAUUCAGCCGUGAGUUUGCGAUGAUUUUCACUCAUGGUCAUUUUUGUGCUUCACUUUAACUGUUUUUCUUGGACACUGAACGUCAUAAUUGAACUGAAUUUUGAAUGUGUAACCAUGAAUUGUUGAUGCUUCCCGGUUAGUGGUUGGCUGUAGAGAAGACCCAGCCUAAAUCAGGUUCAGAUCUACUCCAGUGGCAGCCGUUAGUGAAUGAUUUUAAACAGAAACGAACUAAGAAAUGAAUAAAUAUUAGUUAAUUAAUAAAAGUUAUAAUCAAACUUACAUGUAUGUUUAUUAUAAUGUGUUUCAUAUGCAUCACACAACGUGUGCCAUGUCAGAUAAAGUAAAUAACAGAUGCUAUUAUAGUGAAUGAUUUUAAAUAGAAAUGAACAAAGAGCUUUAUACAAGUUAUAAAGUUAUCAGCAUGUUUAUAAUGUGAUUCAUAUGCAUCGCACAAUAUGUGCCAUGUUAGAUAGAGUAAAUAUUUGUCUAUCAUUGCAAAGAAUAUGUUAUUUAUUAUUAAUGAUUAUGAAUGAUAUCCUUAUCUAUUGUCACUUCUGAACAACUGUGAGUGAGGAUGCAUUCAUUGUUAGUGAGCUUUCAGUCACAAAAUUAGGUUAAAAGCAGGCGAUUUCUGUAAAAGGCCCUGUGGUGUGCAGACUGUGUGUGACUCCUGUAGGUGAGGAAGUGCAGAGUUAGCGUCCAGGUCAGUGAGCAAUUCCCAGUACCGGCGUCACUAAUUGGCCUCUAUUGGAACAAAUAACCUGCUCCACAUUUUCACACACUGCACAAUUGAUUUGGCCCACUGCAGCAUCUCUGAUGCUCCAUUUCCCACAUUUAUUGGAACAAAAUGUGUUUCUCUUAUCAAUGGAUUGUCUGGCCUCUCUGUGUCUAAUGUUAUUGCAACAGGGAAAUGGAUGACCAAUAUUUUCACCAUUUAAUGAUCUUUAUAAAAUCCAUAACGCUGUCAUGUCCUAUAAUUGUUCUACUGACCCGAAAGGCAUAUAGUGAGUGUCCUUUUGUGUGUAGGUGUUAUUUGUGAAAUUAUAGAUCUGUGUAUAAACUGGGUCAGUAAAAUAUAUGGCUGGACUGGUGCACCUCUUUGUAAGUCAAUGACACUAUUAUGAAAUGACCAGCGUCACUGAGACCAUCUAUCCGCCAGUGCCCAAAGGAGUAAACCAGACCAGAUGCAGGCACAGUCGAUACUCUCCUGGACUGACAUUGAUCAGCAUAUAUAGAGCUGAUGCAGAGGCCAGUGGCGUGCAGACUUUCAGAGGACACACUGGAGUGUGAGUGUGGCAAGGGAUGCUCAGCCACUUGCAAAAAUUCCUACAUUUUAUUUCUAUACAAUUAAAAUAGAACAAAAGGAAUUCUCACUCUCUCUCUCUCUAUUCACUUGGUUUUGGUUGCCGCCCUUGUAUAGCCAAACGGUUGUGCCAUGAACUAUCACCCUGCCAGGAGAGGCCCUCUUUGUGGCCAUGGGGACCACAACUGCACUAGCGCCUUCAGGGAGUCUCUAGCUGCCAGGAGCUCCAAGAUACACCACAUGCCUCACCAUGGGCUGACACACAGCCACCACGAGGAGCCGGAACACCCUUUCCCCAUGGUGGACGUCCCAGACCACGCUCACUACAUCAUUGGCACGGUCAUCCUGUUGGUGGGCAUCACAGGGGCGUUGGGGAACUCGCUGGUCAUCUAUGUGUUCUGCCGGAGCCGAAGCCUAAGGACUCCGGGGAACAUGUUCGUGGUGAACCUGGCCGUAGCCGACCUCCUCAUGUCUCUGACGCAGUCGCCUGUGUUCUUCAUCGCCAGCAUGCACCGGCGCUGGGUGUUUGGUGAGCGUGCCUGUGAGCUGUAUGCUUUCUGCGGAGCCCUCUUUGGCAUCUGUUCCAUGAUGACUCUGACUGCUAUUGCCGCGGACCGUUGCCUAGCCAUAACUCAGCCACUGGUUUUUCUAGGCCAGGUCAGUCGCAAGCGUGUCAGUAUUUUGCUGGCUGUCGUGUGGCUUUAUUCCCUCGGCUGGAGUUUGCCUCCCUUUUUUGGCUGGAGUGCAUACGUCCCCGAGGGUCUUCAAACCUCCUGCUCCUGGGACUAUAUGACUUUCACCAACUCUGUGCGAGCCUACACCAUCCUCCUCUUCACGUUUGUCUUCUUCAUUCCUCUGGGCAUCAUAGGUGGCUGCUACUUGUCCAUUUUCCGUGCAAUCAGAAUUGCUGGGAAGGAAAUGAGGGAGAUAAACUGUGGCCAAUCGGACAAAGUCUUUGAGCGCAUGCGGAGUGAAUGGAGGAUGGCCAAGGUGGCUCUGCUGGUCAUCCUGCUCUUUGUCAUCUCCUGGUCACCCUACUCCGUGGUCGCCCUAACAGCCACAGCAGGUUACUCCCACCUGCUCACCCCCUACAUGAACUCUGUGCCCGCGGUGAUUGCCAAAGCCUCAGCCAUCCACAACCCCAUAAUUUAUGCCAUCACGCACCCCAAGUACCGCGCUGCCAUUGCCCGUCAUAUCCCAGUGCUCCGCAUGAUCCUGUGUGUGGGAGAGAAGGACAUCCGCUCGUCCUUCAGCUCCAGCGGUGGCUUCUCCUCGCGCCGACCCACCCUCAGCAGCCAGUGCUCUCUGGGGGUGGGCCCUGCGGCCGGGGCCAGCGGCCGCUGGGGAAAGACCCGCCUCUCCUCGGCCUCCGACACCGACUCCUGCUGGACGGAGAGCGAAGCAGAUGUCUCUAGCGUCAGCUCCCUCCCCGCUGCCCGGCGCAUUUCCACAGAGAUCACCCCCGAUACAGCGGUCCUGCCUCCGCAGCUGGGUACGGACACAGCCUUGGGGCAGAAAGCCAUAGUAACUGAUAGAGUCAACAACAUGAGUGUGGCUGCAGCUGGCGUGACAGAUGGUCUAGAUAGUUCCACUGUGUCUGAUGGCAAAGCUUUCCUGUUUUCUGGUGACUAAAUGUGUGACAAAAGGCAAAAGUGUAAAGGCAAUUUUUUUCAUAGGCUCUCAUUUUGUAUUUUGUUUUUCAUUUGAUAUUACAUCCAUUACAUAGAGAUAUGAAUUUGAUGGUGUGGUGAACAUAAGCCUACUUUGCUGAAAGAAUAUUUCAUUCAUACAAGUUUCUUUCCAUUCCUUUUGUCCGUUGCUGCUGUUUUUUUGUCAGCAGUCAUACACCUGCCACCUCAGUUGUCACUUGCUUCUGCUUCUUGCUUACUUACUCCUUCUAUUUACAGUCGUUUUACCUGUGGUUGAAUGCAUUGUCAGCGCUGAAUUUCCCCUUCUUUUACCACUGAAGCAUGGGUUUUAAAUGUUUGAAAGCUUUAUUUUGUACAUUAAUUUAUUUCAUUCCUAGCAGGCUUAGGAAGGCUUCCUGAAUUUUGUGUAAGUGGUACAUUUAAAAAUGCAUAUUAUGAAUCCUCUAUUCUAAUAAACAAGUUGCAACAA